UUCAUUAUUAUAUUGGGAAGUUAAGGCACAUGUUAUUUGGGAGUUGCUGGACUUUGGUGUAUAAAUAGCAAGGGGAUGAUGACCAUUAACAGCACAUACAGAGCACAACAGUUUAAUUUGCUUUCAUAAAAGUGAAAAGCAAUUUGAAUCAGUGAGAGGAAGAGGAAAGAGUGAAAGAUGGCACAAAUGAGAAAUUUGCCGACAUAUGUGGCUCUUAGAGCAACACAUGGUGACGCUCCUUUCAAAUUUCUUGGCGUCGAAGAUGAUGGCAGCGUUGCGUACUCCACGGCAAAAGUGGUGAGCGAUCAAGCAAAGUUCGCUAUAGAGUUCACUGCAACUGGGCUUGCGCACAUAAGAUCUUGUUUUAAUAACAAGUACUGGGUCAGAUCAUCGGAAAGCAGUUUCUGGAUCGUUGCAGGAUCAGAUGACCCGGUGGAAGACGAGAGUUUAUGGAACUGUACUCUAUUUCGGCCCCUGGUAAAUCAGGAGGAGAAAACUGUCAUUUUGUUCACAUCCAGCUGGGAAAACCAGUAGGAAGACGUGAUCUGCUCCUGAUCGUGAUAUGUACCUGUGCAUCGAGCCUUUUGCCACUACUACCGCCAUAUCCACAUUGGUAGAUUACAACACAAUAACUAUAAUGCCUAAAUACGUAGCCAUCAAAGGAGUCAAUGACAAAUAUCUCAGCCUUAAUGACGAGGUCGCGCUUACUUUCAUGUCUGAUGAUCUUGGGGAGGAAGGCAAUGCUUACGAGAUUCACAGCAGCAGUGACGGCCAUGUCUUUCUCGAACCAGCUUUCGUUCCUCGUAAGCAUGGUUUUUGGCGAGCUGAAGAAGGAGGCUCGGUCAUGAGCAGAGCACCCCAUUCUGGCUCUGAAGACCCAACUGACCCGACCAUGCUGUUUUCAGUAAUCAAGAUUUCCAAGAAUGUUAUUGCUCUUCGUUGCGUAGGAAAUAAUCGGAUCUGCAGGCUAUUCCAAUAUGAGGGAUCGACAUGGGCAGACUUGCAAGCAACAGCAACUGGGCUGAUAAAGGAAGUGCAAUUGCAAGUCAUAGAGCCUGUGGUUGAACGUAGAGUUAACUUUUCCAAUUCGAUCUGGACAGAGCUAGAAUCUAUGACCGCAUACCGCUCACAUAUACUGAAGGACAAGCCAACAAUCCAACCGACUCUGAGCAAGAGUUCACCCUCAACUUUACCUAUACAAAAACUAGAACUUCUUCUUGGAAUACUAGCAAAUCUUGGUUUGUGAAUGGGAGUUUUUCUAUUACUAGUAAAAUCCCAUUCAUUGGUGAAACUACUAUUGAAGUUGGAGGAGGGUACUCGGAGCAGUACGAUAUAGGGGGAACUAUUGAAGAGUCAGAGGAAGUGGGAAGCACUUAUACUGUGAAGGUGCCAAAAUGGACAAAUGCAACCGUAUCUGCUGUUGCGACACGAGGCACAUGCGAUGUCCCUUUCUCUUACGUUCAAAUUGAUCGAAUGGUUAAUGGGGAAAGUGUGACGACUACAUUGUCUGAUGGUGUUUACACUGGUAUGAAUGCCUACCAGUUUAAAUUCGUUGUGCGAUACGAACCUAGUACCGUUAAGCAACCUGUGCAACAAGACCCUUGAGCAAGAGCUACCAGUGUGCAACUGCAACUGCAACUGCACUUCUCGUGGAAUAAGAGAUUGCUUCCCCUUAUAGUUGCAGUGGGAUCAGUCCAUACCUCUCGUUUUAUGUGACCAGAUUAUUGGUUAGUGUUAUGUGUUUCUUCCACGUCCUUCAGUGUGGGGUUAUUUCUCGUUAUAUUGUACUCCUAUAUUUGUUGAGUUGUUUCUCGUUAUAUUCUACGCCUUAUAUUUGUUGGGUUGUUUCUUCCCACUUGUCUACUGAACGUUUCAUUCCUCAACAAAGAAACUUAUUUUCGAUUCUCAA